AUGGUAAAAUGGGUAGUGGAAACACAGCAAGCAGGAAUCACAGAUACUAUGAGAAUAAAUAUGUUGAGCACGUUACGUACUUUAAUUGAUACAUAUGGAUCAUCAAAACGUUAUCAAAUCUGCGCAGACCUUCGUAACUGGCUCAAUGCAACUUAUGGAGGAGAGUGGGCUGUUGUUAUUGGUGAAACAGGGACAUUUGCAAGUGUUUGCCCUAUUUUUGAUCAACAAUAUUUGUCUGUCACUGAAACUGAUUUGGGUUGGACUGUUUUUAUUCUCAAAGUAUCUAGAUAA